AUGAAGCUGUUCCUCCUCCUUGUCAGUCUGGCCGUGGCCAACGCCGGGGUUCCCUUCGAGCCAAUAGAGUUGGACUACCACAACAAAGUGGGUAUUCCAUUGGCUGAACGGAUCAGGCAAGCCGAGAUGGCUCAGGAUUUCGAUGGCGGCAGGAUCAUAGGAGGAUCACCGUCGAACGUUGGAAACCACCCACACUUGGGUGGUCUAGUUGUUACACUCACAGAUGGUCGCCAGUCAACUUGCGGAUCGUCUCUCAUCACCAACACCCGCCUCGUCACCGCCGCUCACUGCUGGGCGACCCGAGCUAUUCAGGGCAGAUCCUUAGUAGUUGUGUUUGCAUCAACAACUCUCUUCUCAGGAGGAACUCGUGUCACUUCAUCUAACGUUCAAAUGCAUGCUAACUACAAUAUGGAUAAUUUGAACAAUGAUGUUGCCAUAAUUAUUAUCCCAUGGCUUAAUUACAACAACAAUAUCCGCAACAUCGCUCUGGCUUCUGGUACCAACGCCUUCGUUGGAGUGAAUGCGGUCGCUGCCGGUUACGGAUUGACUGCUGAUUCUGGUGGUAGCAGUGGUCAACUACGCCAUGUGACUCUCCAAGUGAUCUCGAAUGCAGAUUGCGCGCGCGUUUAUGGCACUAAUAAUAUCAUUGCGUCCACCAUUUGCACCAGCAGUGCUAGCGACCGCAACGUCUGCCGAGGUGACUCGGGCGGCUCUCUCAUAGCAGGCGGACAAUUGAUUGGAAUUACGUCAUUCGUCGCUCAACGUGGAUGCCAGGCUGGUAUGCCCGCCGGUUUCGCACGUGUCACCUCCUUUAAUGCAUGGAUUCAGGCUCGUCUU